GAGAGAGAAACAUCGAUUUGAGAGAAAGAUCGCUUGCCUCCAGUACACAUCCUGCCAGACCAAGACAAACCUGCAACCUGGGUAUGUGCCCUGACUGGGAAUUGAACCCCAAGACCUUUCAGUGUCUGGGUGGAUGUUCCAACCAACUGAGCCACAUUGGCCAGGGCUCCCAGUGUUAUUUCUGCUGUGGAAUUAUCUAGCUAAAACAAAUUAGAAUUAAUAUACUUUAAAAAAAUAUAUUUCUUAGCUGUAUACAGUGUCCACUAUGUUUUACCUUUAACUUUUUAAUUUAAAUUACUUACUGAUAAGAGGAUGCUACAUACUUAAGAUACUUUGUCUUAUAAUUCAUUUUCCUUCACUUAAAUAGCAUUAGAAAAUAUUAAUACAUAAGGAUAAAAGUAGGUUUAUGUUUCUUUAUCUUUUUCUACAGCAAGUGAAGACGUUAAAGAUAUCUUUGCCAGAGCAAGAAAUGGAAAAUACAGACUUCUGAAAAUAUCUAUUGAAAAUGAGAAACUUGUGAUUGGAUCAUGUAGUCAGCCUUCCGAUUCCUGGGAUAAGGAUUAUGAUUCCUUUGUUUUACCCCUGUUGGAGGACAAGCAGCCAUGCUAUAUACUGUUCAGGUUAGAUUCUCAGAAUGCCCAGGGAUAUGAGUGGAUAUUCAUCGCAUGGUCUCCAGAUCAUUCUCAUGUUCGUCAAAAAAUGUUAUAUGCAGCAACAAGAGCAACUCUUAAAAAGGAGUUUGGAGGUGGUCACAUUAAAGAUGAAGUAUUUGGAACAGUAAAGGAAGAUGUAUCACUACAUGGCUAUAAAAAAUAUUUGCUGUCACAGUCUUCUCCUGCCCCGUUGACUGCUGCUGAGGAAGAAUUACGACAGAUUAAAAUUAAUGAGGUACAAACUGACGUGAGUGUGGACACUAAGCAUCAAACACUGCAAGGAGUAGCAUUUCCUAUUUCCCGAGAAGCUUUUCAGGCUUUGGAAAAAUUGAGUAACAGACAACUCAACUAUGUGCAAUUGGAAAUAGAUAUAAAAAAUGAAACUAUAAUUUUGGCCGACACAACAAAUACAGAACUAAAAGAUUUGCCAAAGAGGAUUCCUAAGGAUUCAGCACGUUACCAUUUCUUUCUGUAUAAGCAUUCCCAUGAAGGAGACUAUUUGGAGUCCAUAGUUUUUAUUUAUUCAAUGCCUGGAUACACAUGCAGUAUAAGAGAAAGGAUGCUGUAUUCUAGCUGCAAGAGCCCUCUGCUAGAAAUUGUAGAAAGACAACUACAAAUGGAUGUCAUUAGAAAGAUUGAGAUAGACAAUGGGGAUGAGCUGACUGCAGACUUCCUUUAUGAAGAAGUACACCCCAAGCAGCAUGCACAUAAGCAAAGUUUUGCAAAACCAAAAGGUCCUGCAGGAAAAAGGGGAAUUCGAAGACUGAUUAGAGGUCCAGCUGAAACUGAAGCCACUACUGAUUAAUUAAUAUCAUUAUAUUAAGUAUUACAAUACUAGUUUUUUAAAAGUUAAGCUUUUAGUACAGGAGAACUGAAAUCAUUCCAUGUUGAUACGUAGUAGGGAAAAAAUUGUACUUUUUGAAAAAUAGCACUUUUCAUUCCUGUGUGUUUUUAAAAUUAAUGUUAUAGAAGUCUCAUGAUUUCUAUUUUUGAGUUAAAGCUAGAAAAGGGUUCAACAUAGUGAUGUUUAAUUUUGUUACACAUGGUGUGACAAAAGCGUUCAACAUAGUGAUGUUUAAUUUUGUUUUCAUAGAGUGAUGAUUCCACACUUUCACGUAUUCUUAAAGUUUUAUACAGUUGGGCCAAUUUCAGAAAGUCUAAUGUGUGAAAGUAAGAUGUACUUCUUAUUACUCUUUCGUGAGACAUCAAAUUUUUUUCUUUAAGGGAGAAAGGCCUUAAAAUAUUCAUACUACUAAAGGAAUGUUAAGAACCAGGUUAGAUGAUUUUCUAAGUUGAAAAUUAGUGUGCCUAAGAAGAGGUAGAAAGUUGCUUACUUUGAGGAGCACUACUAAGUGGGAUCUUGUCUGUAACUUUUAGAAACAGUGCUUUAUUGCAGCAGUCUUCUAUUUGACUUUUGGUUUUUUAAAUGGCAUUAAAAUUUCAGAAGAUCGGCUCACUCUGAAACCUUAAGGGUUCAAGAUAUUUUCUGUACUGCGGGAUUUCUCAUGUCACUGAAAGGCACGUUUAUACAGUUUUAGUAAACUCUAGUGCUUUAAAAAAUUUCUAUUUCAAAAGUAAGUCAUUUCAUUAUAAGUAGUUCAAGGCCAAAUAUUUAUUUUCAGUUGAAUAUUAAAUUAAUAUAAUUACAAAGCAAAUAAUACUUAAAGUCAGUAAUAUUGAAAAAGUUUUAAACAUCAAGAUUGAUUUUUCUACAAAACCAUAUAUUUAUGGGCAAAUUAUGUUCUUUAUCACUUUUGAGCAAAUACUCAGAUUUAAUCAAAUUGUUUUAAAGUCCCAGUACUUAGCUUAACACUGAUGAAUACUUAGCCUAACACUGAUAAACACUUAAGAAUCUUGUUUCAAUUUAAUCUUAUUUCAGACCACAUUUAACUCUUUCCUAAAGCUUUGCAUUUUCAGCUACAACCUACAGAGAUUUUGAGCCUCGUUUUUCUCUGAUACUUGAAAUAGAGGGAGCUAGAACACUUCAUUAUGUUUAAUCUAUUAAACCUGCUGUGAGAGCCAUAACUUGGAGGUGUUUUCUAAAUGAACUGUGGGGAAUCCAGGAUUUAGAAUUUUUUGAUCUAAACUUUAUGCUGCAUAAAACAAUAUCAGAAAUGCACAUUUCAUACUAUAAAGUACGAAACACUCACUUUUACACAUUAUUACCUAAGGUAAUAUAUGCACCUUUCAGAAAUUCGAUGUGUUCAAGUAAAGCAUAUUAGAAUAAUUAUAGGUUGACAGAUUUCUUUUCUAGAAUUAAGAGUAUUUGUGUGGGGUUUUGUUUGUUUACAAAUAAUCAGACUAUGUUUUAACGUGCAAAGUAAUCAACAGUAAUGUUGCACUUGUUUACUAAAGAUAUACUUUAAGUUGUUUCGUGGGUGCACACGUAGACACAACAUACACACAAAUUCCUGCAUUGAGAAUCCUGAAGCUGUUAUUUUUAGUCAGGAGAUGGUUAACUUGUCAUGAAGGUAUAAACUAAUUUAGCAGUGAAUGUUUUUCUGUACCAUCCAUGUGCAAUUAUACUCUUAAAUUCCACUACACUACAUGAAAGUAAAUGGACAUUCCAGAAUAUAGAUGUGAUUAUAGAGUUUUAAGCUAAUUAUUAUUAAACCAAUGAUUGUUGAAAAUCAGUGAUGCAUUUGUUAUAGAGUGUAACUCAUCGUUUACAGUAUAUUUUAGGUGGCAUCAUCAUAACAAUAGAAGGUGAAUAAAGUAUUCCCAAUAAAUUUAUAUAGCAUUGAGGAAUUACGUCUUUUGUGGACAUUUUAUAAGUGCAUUUUAUAUUGCAAUAAAGAUUUUUUCUCUUUAAA